CGGAGCUCCACCUGUCCGGCACACCGCCCCCCAACCUCCUCUGCGCACCGCAUGUUCGCCACAAGUGUUCGCGCACCGAGCAGCCGCGCUCCAGUUUCCUCACCACCCCGCCCGGUAAAGACCAAAGCGCACUGUCGGAACUGAAACGAAAACAACUCGGGGGGACUUCGUGUGUUUCUCUCUCUCUCUCUCUCUCUCUCUCUCUCUCUCUCUCUCUCUCUCUCUCUCUCUCUCUCUCUCUCUCUCUUCCCCCUCUCCCUCCUACGACGUCAAGAGAGGUAGAAAGGGCAGGUAAUAAACAUACCAGCUUUGCGUGCCGGACGUUUCGCCGAAAUGCUGGCGACCUGCGUGUGUCUCUGUGUGGUCUUCGCCCAUGUCAUCUCCCAGGAGGCGGAGGAGCCCAUCUCCUACACGUGCACAGAUGGGUAUGAGUAUGACUCUGCCCGGCAGCAGUGCAGAGACAUUGAUGAGUGUGCCCUCGUAGAGGAGGCUUGCAAAGGAGGAAUGAAGUGCAUCAACCACUUCGGCGGGUACCUCUGCCUACCCCAGAAUGCCCAGAUCUUUGUCAGUAACGAGAACGAGCAGACGGAGCAGACGGAGCCCAUUCCUGCCGUCCUACCCGCCCCGCCGAGCCGGGUGCAGCUCACACGGGUCCAUUCAGGUGCCCGCAGGGGUCAGCAGACUAGCAGGACGGUCCGCUGCACCCCCGGAUUCACCGCUGAUGAGCAGAACUUUUGCAGAGAUAUAGAUGAGUGUGCGACAGGCAGACACACCUGUGGUCCUGAGCAGACGUGCUACAACACCAGGGGCUCCUACACCUGCCAGUGUCCCCCUGGCUACCAGAGGAAUGGAGACCAGUGUGUGGACAGAGACGAGUGUGUCCUGUCCCACUACUGUAUGCACAGAUGUGUAAACACUCAGGGCUCGUACUACUGUGAGUGCAAUGUAGGCCACCAGCUGGCCAGCAACAACCACAGUUGUAUCGAUGUGAAUGAGUGUGAGACGCAGAGCCCCUGUCAGCACCAGUGCUACAACCUGAUUGGCUCGUUCCUCUGCCAGUGUGACCAGGGCUACGAGCUGGCAGCAGACUCCGUCUCCUGCCAAGAUAUCAAUGAGUGCAGUUUUUCCAGCUAUAUGUGUCAGUACCAGUGCGUCAACAAUCCAGGAAGUUAUUCCUGUGAGUGUCCGGACGGAUAUCAGCUCCAGGGAACCAGGGUUUGUCAAGACAUAAAUGAAUGUGAGGCAGGGUCCCAUGACUGCCGAGAGGAUGAAAUGUGCUGGAACUAUUAUGGAGGCUUCCGCUGCUAUCCCAGGAACCCCUGCCAGGAGCCUUACACCAGAAGCUCUGAAAAUCGCUGUCUCUGUCGGUCUCAAACUGAGUGCCAGGGACUCACGCCAUCCAUCGUUUACAAAUACAUGAGCAUCCAGUCUGAGCGUGCUGUACCAGCAGACAUCUUUCAGAUUCAGGCCACCAGCAUGUACGCCAACACACACAACACCUUCAGGAUCAAAGCUGGCAAUGAGGCCGGAGAGUUUUUCCUCAGGCGUUCGAGCAAUAUGAGUGCCAUGCUGGUGAUGACCAAACCUCUGUCAGGCCCCAGAGAGCACACUGUGGAUUUGGAGAUGAUCACUCACCACAUGACCAUGAACUACCGCACCAACUCACUGCUGCGGCUCACCAUCAUAGUCGGGCCCUACGCCUUCUGAACGCAGCCACCCCCCCACCCCCGCAGCACAACCACACCCAAUCCAGCCCUGAUUAGCAAAGCGUAACCUAGCGUAGUACUGCAGAUACCAGUACAGCAUACAGUACAUACAUUGCAUCCAUAAACUGAAUGUAAAGCACAGCCUUACUUUAAACUCUUAACGUCCAUAAAGCCACACACCAAAUCUCAACACAGCUUUCUCCAGUUAGUCAAACUCAGCCCAGGUGAAACUACGAGCCUGUGUCCAUGGGGCUUCUUUCUCUGGCAAAGUGCCGAGAAGUGCUAAGGAAUUUUUUAUUAUUAUUAUUAUUAUUAUUGGUGUUUGGAAUGACAUGUUGUGUAUGUGGAUUUUGCCUGCUUCGGCAUCAACAUCUUACCUGACACCUUAAGAGGGAACAAGAAGGACAGAAAGCACAGUACUUAACCGAACAGUUAAAACUAUUUCAAAUUGGACAGCCCACAGUUGGAUAACAAAAAAGGGGGCAUGCUUGAAAAAAAAAUCAGUGGGUGCAGCACUUUCUCGUUCUGUUGGCUGCAAAUGCUCUUUAUUCAGUGGAAAUAACUGGUAAAAAAAAAAAGCAAAAAAAGCAGCGGUGCUCGGGGAAAGAGGCUUAGUGGACACACAUCCUGCUGUUACCUGUGAUGAAUUUAUUCUCUUUUUAUCCUGAGCCUGUGCUUGAUGCAGCUAUAACCAAACUUACCACAUCAAUUUCUUCAAACCAACGCUUGCAUACUUUAAUCCAGCGUCUUCAAAAAAAAAAAGGAGAAACUCCAUCUCCAUUAUAUGGCAGACUUACAUGUAGAAAUCAGCUUUCCUAUGCAAAAGCAUAUACAGACCUUUAAAAUCACAGCUUGUGUCAUUAAAUUUUGCACGGGUCAGUACUGUUGCACCAUCCUAUUCAUGUGAGUUUGCCUGUGUUUAUAUACUGAUGACUAACCAUUUCCAGAACGGUCCGGCACGGUUUAGAAGUGUUAGGGAGAGGGCAUUUGCCAGUUGCAUGGAGUGCAGCGAGCUGACUGAGUGCUUCCCGUUGCGUGACAACAGGCUUGAUGCCCACAGUCUCCCAAAGAGUUAAGUCAUGUACAUACCUAAGUAGCAAUCUACAGUCUGCGUGUGUGCUCACUGGUUUGUGUGUAUAUGUAUGUGUGUGUGUGUGUGUGUGUGCAUUCAUCUAUAUGUUGAUAUUCUUCUUGGGGGUGGGGUGGGGGGGUGGCUUGUGUUUUGCAUGCACUUGAAAGUGGGAAAGACUGAGGCAGAGAGAGAGAGAGAGAGAGCAAGAGAGAGUGAGGGAGAGACAAAGAGGAGAGAAAGGAGUAGGGAAAGAGUGAGGGAGAGACAGAGAGGAGAGAGAGGAGUAAAGAGGGAAAGAGUGAGAAAGAGCUUGUUCACACCAGCAGGUUCAGUGGAUGUGUUCAAGCUUUUAAUGUGUUUCUGUGAUGCCAUCUUAACAACCCUCGCCUAUGAACCCUUUCUCUGCUCCACAGCUGCCUUUUUAAAUAGUCCACCUUGGUUCAGAGAGGCAAUAACAGUGAGUGCUUAACUCAAGAACAUGCUCAGGAAAUGAUGGCAUUCAUAACACAGUUUGGCACGAUUCGGCCCUGUGCUUGUUUAGGGCCAACUGACUGCUACUUGUUGCCACAGUGAGCUGGGCUUUCUAAUGUCGGUCCCAGUCAAUAAGUCACACUGGCAUUAAGCUAGCUUGCGUGAGAGGGAUAAUUACAAUGCAUGACCCCCGAAGCUUGCUCUUAUUUGACACAAGGAAUUAUUAAUGAGUUAACGCGGCUCCGCCACAUUCUCGGCUGAAUGGGAAAACCUUUUUCAUUCCUCGCUUUGCCCUUUCAUGGUUCUCCGUGUCUGCUUUGGCCUAUUGCUGAAACUAUGUACACUGUAGAUGUGCAGCACUGAGAAGAAGAAGAAGAAGAAGAAGAAGAAGAAGAAGAAGAAAAAAAAAGAAAUCACAAAACCGAGUUGUUGUUCAACUACUCACCACUCUCACAGCAAACUUCAGUUUUCAACCUUUGCUAAAAGUAAAACCGUGAGCCCUUAUAAAUGGUUUCUGUGGUUUCAGCAACGAGCAUGCGAUGGGGAUCCACAUGAAUAUAGUGCCUUAGAAGUAUACACACAGCAGAUGUAACACAUUUUUUCCCAAUCCAUCAUGCUGUCGAGACUGUUGCUUCCAGUUUUCUAAAAUUUUUCAUUGAAUUGCCUUAAUGUUUGUUUUUUUUCUCUUUGUAUUUAAAAUAGCCGAUAUAUUUUUUCACAUGUAUCUUUAAUUGAUUGUACUCUGAAGAAAAUUAUAUUGUUGAAUAAAAUUAUGAUGGAUAAAC